AACAUUUAUUCAUAGUUGUUUCUCUUGUUUACCCUUCGGACUAUGCCAAUUACAAAAGCUGACCUACCUGUCGUUGACCAAGACACAGAAAAAGGUGGAGAGGGAUUGUUAUAUGUGGGCAUGGAAAACAAAAAAUCAGCAUACCAGGCAUGGCUGGGCUAUUAUAACUCUAACAAAACUGUUGCUAGGGACAAAAGCAGGAUCGUUGAGCUUGCCAGUGAGUUCAGCCGAAGCAUGGGGCUUGAUAUUCCACCGGCACUUGCCAAACUUGUGGUCGGUAAAAUAGGACUAAAAAACGUUCUUGGCUUGCGCUUUAAAUAAGAUUUAGAUGUUGUAACAUGAUAUCUUAACUAACUAUUUGCAAGAAACAUUUAAAUUUUUUGUAACCAACCAAUUUGUUUCACUUGUUGUAAAUUAGUUGAAAGCAUUCUCU